GUAGUGUCCAUUCUCAGAAAUGACUGACACGAUGAACGUCAGCGCAAAAGACAUGAUAACCGGCAGCACGCAACUUUUGACCUUUGACAACAGUCUCGGUGACAUCCUCUCUCAGGACGUUUACCACUCGCUCAAUGAAGCGUUCAGUGGGUACAUCUCAACAAUAAUUUGCUCGGUGGGCAUUCCCGCCAACCUGGUCACGUGCCUGGUGUUCUGGCGUCAGGGUCUGCGAGACCGCAUGAACCUCUGUCUCUUCUGUCUGGCGGUCGUUGACCUCCUGUACCUGCUGGGCGUGCUUCCAGUCUUUUGUGUAGGGGCCUUGCUUCUAGCUGCUGACAGUCCCUAUGCGGAAGAAUAUUUCUUAAAAACUCUUAUCAGCGGCGCCGGCUUCAUCUUUGGUAUGCGUGCGACUUCCGGUUGUUAUAAUAUGAUCAUCGCGGUAGAGAGGUGCGUGUGUGUGGUGUUUCCGCUCAAAGCCGCUUCGCUCUUACACACUCAUACUAUGGGCGUGUUGCUGGCUGUGUGCUUUAUCUUGAUACAGCUUGGCUACACUGUCAUCCCCCUACAGUUACGUGCAGUUAGCGUUGACGUAGAUGGAACAAUACAAUGGCGGUAUGAACCCACACAGGUGUUUCUUGACAACAAAGAGCUGUUUCAAACAGUAGAGGUGACAGUUUUGACCGUGUCAUUGCCAAUUAUCACGUUUCUUGUAGUGGUCAUCACAGCUGUCAUCACCGUCAUCAAACUGACAGCAGCGCUGAAGUGGCGAGAGAAGACGAGUUCCACGUGCAAGGAGAAAGUAGGUCACCAGACGGCGCUGACCAAGAUGCUUCUGGUCGUGUCCUUCAUCUACAUCUGCAGCAUGGUUCCUAGCGUGUCACUCACCAUCACCCGACUGGUUAUAAAGGAGUUUUCCGCGUCUGGUCGUUAUUAUUACCUGUUCAUGGGUUCGCACAUUGUCGCCAACAUCUUCCCCUUGACCCACAGCGCAGCAAACUUUUUUGUCUAUUACAACCGGUCCUCGCGAUUCAAGUCUGUUUUCUCUGAUCUUCUCCGUCGAGGUUCUAGAAGAACAGUGUCGGCGGAUAGAAGUACCAGUGUAUUCUAACCUCGUCGUGUUCCACAGCUAGUGGAUCUUUCGGGAAGUCAAUUGAUCCACGUUGUGGUCAACAGGUUCGAAACAAACGACAGCAUCUUGCGUAUUAUUUUCACAAGUGGAUUGUCGCAAUUGUUCCCUCUCUGCCAAUUGUACAACUUUGACCUCUCCUGCUUUAAAAAAAGUUGAAAAAGCAUUAAUGCUAU